ACCCCCCAGCUGAGGGGCACACUUCCCUUGUGCCUCAGUACCCCCAAGAGAAACGUUCAUCCUUAUAGGCCCUUCGGUUUGGUAUACCUCCCUCCCACCAUCUGGAACUUUCUGCCCUGAGCCUGGGUUAGCUGGAGGGAGCAGAGGGAGCCAGAUAAGGACCGCCAUGGACACACUUGGGUUCAACAGGACUCUAGGCACCGGCUUCCCUCUGUUCCCACCGCAGCGACUACCAACCAAGCUGCUGCUAAUGCUGUGGCUGUUGCUGACUUUGCCAGUGAGGUCUCUGGACAUCCCAGAGGGUUCACAGACUGACCAGGGAUCCCCGCCCUCCUCAGCUCCACUCCCUCAACUUCAGUGCUACUGUAUGAGACCCAAAGGGCACAUGAACUGUACCUGGGGACCCAGCUUGGACACUGGCAUUCCUUAUACUUUCUACUAUAAGAGCUUAAAGUACCACCCUAACAGGAUCCAAAAUGUCCCAGUGCCCAGAGGCCAGGGUUGGGUCAUUGUAGAACGGGAGCAUCUCACAGCCUCUGAAGAGUACCUUGUAUGGCUGAGCCCAAAGGACAACACUUCCCAACCUGGAGCCCCAGAGCCACUAAGAUUGAAUCUGGAUCACAUAGUGAAGCCUGAGCCACCAAAGCUAUCCCAUGAAGUAGAGUUCUCCGAUGACCCCACAGUAGUCACUGUGAUUUGGGCUGCCCCAGCCUGGCCUCCCCAUGAAAACUUCAAGUAUGAGCUCCGCUUCCGGGACAUUUCUGCUUCAAUAUGGCAAUAUGUGGAGCCUAGAGAUUUACUAACCUCAUCCUUUCUGGAGGGCUUAGAGCCAGCCACAGUUUAUGAGGUAUCCUCCCGCUGCCAAGUGGAAAACAACAUGGGCUUUUGGAGCGACUGGAGCGCCACUCUGAAAUUCCAAAGCCUCCUCGCUGCCCAAACCGGCCAGGUGGACAUGUGGGUCUUUGGGUCUCCCUGCAAUGGCCCACACCCCCAAGAAGAGCCCUAUGUGUUGCAAUGGAAGGAUCUCAUGCCUGGGUUGGGGCUGAGCUAUAAGGUGGUGUUCCAGGUACCAGGUGAAGACCUGCACCCUAAGGUCAUCCCCUGCUGCAGUGUUACCCUUUCCAAAGGCACAGAGCGGGUAUCAAUAAUGGCCAUCAAUAUUACUGGCCAGGGGCAUCCUUCCAACCUAACCCUGGCCUGUUCAGGUUCUGCUCCUAAAAGGGUCCAAGUAAGCAGCAUGGGAAAUCAGGGGAUGUUGGUCACAUGGAUACCAGAGCCACAAGAACACCAGGAGUUUAUAGUGGAGUGGACCCAAGAAAAUAUGCUUCCCCAGGAGUUCCACUGGAUUCGUCUGCCAAACGGGAGACACAGCACUCUGCUGAGAGGAAACUUCAAGGAAGGAGUUCCAUACCGAGUGACCAUGAGCAGCAUCUCUCCGAAGGGCCUGGCCUUUGCUUCUCCAGUCUGGGGGUACAGUCAGGAGAUAGCACCCCUCGAAGGGCCAGCUCUGUGGCAGAUUCAGAAUGCUGCCAGCGGGGCUCUGACUGUAGCAUGGGCUGAGCUCCCCAGAGGACGACGUGGGGGACACUUCACACACUAUACCCUGUAUGUGCAGCCAGACUCUGGGCCCCCUACCCUUCUGAAUGUGAGUGCAGAUACCCUAAAUGUGACCCUAUGGGACCUGCCUGUAGGAUUCUAUAAGAUGUGGGUGAUAGCAUCCACCAUUGCUGGCCCUGGACAACCUGGCCAGAUCCUCCAACUCUUCUUCCCUGAGAAGAAUCCAAAAGAGUGGAAAGUGCUGUGGGAAGUCCUGCUGUUCUGUGUUCUGUUAUCCAUGAGCUGCUGCCUGGGUUUGGUGUUCUUCAAGUGCUGCUUCUGUCAAAAGUUUCUGCCCCAUUGGGUCUCUGAAAGGAUCCCUGAUCCCUCCAAUAGCAAGAGCAUGCAGCCUUGGGGAGAGGAGCUUCCCCAGGCUCCACCUCCCAAGGAUGCCCUUUUCCUAGAUGUGGAAGAAGUGGAGACUCCGAUAUCCCCAGCCCCCCAGGCUCUAGAGGCUCCCACCCCACUUGACUCUGGAUAUGAGAAACACUUCCUCCCCACACCUGAAGAGCUGGGCCUUCUGACCCUGCCCAGACCUCAGACUUCCACCUGAGGAGUCCUGGAUAAUGAAUCUCUGCCAAGUGUGUGGAUCCAUGGUGUAGAGGAACCAAGCCCAGGAUCAAGGCGUUGCCCUGACUUUGGGGGGACCAAGUCUCAAAACCAUAGAAGGUGAAUCCUGGAAGGAGCUUGGAAAUUGCCGUGUCUACUUCAUCUCCCAUCUUACAGAAACGGAGACUGAGGGGGCAAGGAUGAACAUGGGAGAUUUGCCCAAAGCCAUACAGCAAGUUAGAAUCAGGACUGGGACUCAAUCUUGCGCCUUGCCCCACCCCACCCAGUCCCUCUCUGCUCUGGGAGGAGAGCCAUGGGAAAAUCCUGCUGUGUUCCUCUGAUCAUUUUGAGGACCUGCAAGGAAAAGCAUAUGACUUCCUACAGUGGGCCAGAGAGUUCAGGACUAGAAGGAACUUCCGAGGUCAAAUCGUCCAACUCCCCUCCUCAUUUAGAGUAGGAAACAGAUGUGCAGGGGGAGAAGUGCCUCCCUCAAGUGCAUAGCUUGACAGGAGCAGAAAGAGAACCCAACCAACACCUGAGUCCCCUGACACUACACCCGGUGCUCUCUUCUUUGCCCUACACACCUCAUUCAUCCUACUCCCACCUAUGAGCAGGGGAUUCAGUUAAGUUUCUCCCCUGCCACCAAAUCUUGCAUGACCUCCUCACUGUCUAUGGGACCAAGUCCAAACCCUUCUUCCUGGCAUUUAAGGCUCUACAGACUUGUCCCAGCUCUUUAGCUUUGCUUCUCACUGCCCUGCUGUUCCCCCCUCUCCCAGUGCCCAACAGCCUACAUACAGCUUACCAUUCAUAUCUGAAACACGUCUUCCCAUCAUCUCUCCAGGUUUUGGUUCUCUCAGUUCAUUCUGUCUUUCUCCCCAGAACUCUAAUCCAUCCCUUCAGACUCAGCUCAGAUGGCACC